GGCAUUGAUAUUCUAGUACCAGCAAUACCCACCCAUCCUGUACGGAUUUUGCAGGUCUUUGAUGGGAUCAUUUUCAGACGGCGGGAGUACAAUAAGGAAUUUUUGUAGUUUUUGUAAUAAUUAUCGGCUGUAAUUAUGGAAAUCCGCUAUUGCGUUGGUUUGUGCUUUCUGGUGCUUUUAUGCGCUAUCGACGUAAGUCUACAGGACGACGAGGAGGGUCCAGUAAUGGAUUCUACCUUCGCCCAUCAAGGAGAUGACGCCGAGGCCAGCGCAGAGGCGAAGGAGGACAAUGCCGAUGAGGCGGUAACAUCUGGACACGCCAGUACCCAGCGUAGUACGAAAAGCACGAAGACAACCAAAGCAACUACUACCACCGAAGCGGAUGAGGAAAAUUCAUCGCAAGAGCCGCCGACCCAGUGCUAUUCCGCCGUAACGGAUGAAUUUGCGGAGGUUGUCGCGGUUCGGAAUAUCGGAGACUGCAGCUGCGAAGAGGCUCGCGAACAAGCCCGGAACACUCACAGAAUCGGACAAUAUAUACCCCAGUGCGAUGAGGACGGGAACUUCCAGCAAAAGCAGAUGUGGGGCAGCACAGGAUUCGCGUGGUGCGUGGAUGACAGUGGCAACCAGGUUUCGCCGGGAGUGAGGGCAUUUGCUAGGAGGCUGGAAUGCUAGACUGUACUGUUGCGAGCGACAGAGAACUGCUAAGCCGACGCUCUUCUGAAAAGGGCUGGUAAUGUUUCUGACUGGGAUGUAGGAUUUUUUUAGAAUGGGCUGUUAGUUGCUAAAGAAUAGCUCUCGUUUCCCUCGAAAACCGCCUAGAGUCGCGAAGUUUUGUGUGUGUAAUAUCCGCCGCUGUUGCAUUUCGUAAUUAACGAGUUUUACCGUCGUUAUGCAUUUCGUACUGAAGUACAAUAAAUAUUGAACGAUAAAUUACAGAAGUACGU